GCUCACGAAGCGAAUGAAGCAGCAAUUUCGGCAUUUUAUUGUGUGUCGUCUUCCGAGUAGGCUAGUGCAGGAUAUUAUAAUAAUCAAUCCAAAAUGCGUGUAAUACUAUUUUCACUAGCCAUAGCCUUCAUAGGUGUUGCGCUCGGAGACGAGGUUCAAACAGAAGACAAUGUAUUAGUUCUCACGAAAAGCAACUUCGACAGUAUUGUUUCUACAACAGAUUUCAUCUUGGUGGAAUUCUAUGCACCAUGGUGCGGCCAUUGCAAGUCUCUAGCGCCGGAAUACGCCAAGGCUGCAACAAAACUGGCGGAGGAAGAAUCUCCGAUCAAGUUGGCUAAGGUGGACGCCACGCAAGAGCAAGAUCUCGCUGAGAACUAUGGAGUUAGGGGCUACCCAACGCUCAAAUUCUUCAGAAAUGGCAGUCCUGUUGACUAUUCAGGUGGUCGGCAAGCUGAUGACAUUGUUGCCUGGUUGAAGAAGAAGACUGGUCCGCCCGCCAUUGAGGUCACAUCUGCUGAGCAAGCCAAGGAGCUUAUUGCUGCCAACCCAGUCAUUGUCUUUGGUUUCUUCACUGACAAGGAAGCGGCUAAGGCUAAAGCUUUCCUUGGAAUUGCUGCUAUUGUUGAUGACCAAAUCUUUGCCAUUGUCCAAGAUGAGAAACUGGUGAAGGAGUUGGAGGCUGAAAACGAAGAUGUUGUUCUAUUUAAGAACUUCGAAGAGCCCCGUGUCAAGUACGAAGCGGAAAAGUUCGACGAGGACCUGUUCAAAUCAUGGGUGUUUGUCAACAGCAUGCCCACCAUUGUGGAGUUCUCCCACGAGACCGCUUCCAAGAUCUUCGGAGGACAGAUCAAAUACCACCUCCUUCUGUUCCUGUCCAAGAAAAAUGGUGAUUUCGACAAGUACCUGGAAGACCUGAAGCCCGUUGCCAAGGCCUACCGCGACAGGAUCAUGACUGUGGCUAUCGACACCGACGAAGAUGACCACCAGAGGAUCCUGGAAUUCUUCGGCAUGAAGAAGGACGAAGUGCCAUCAGCGCGUCUCAUCGCCCUGGAACAAGACAUGGCCAAGUACAAGCCUCCCACCGACGAGCUCACAGCCAACAGCAUCGAGGAGUUCGUGCAAUCCUUCUUCGCCGGCACCCUGAAACAGCACCUGUUGAGCGAAGACCUGCCUUCGGACUGGAACGCCAAGCCUGUGAAAGUGCUCGUCGCCACCAACUUUGAUGAAGUGGUCUUCGACGAGGGCAAGAAGGUGCUGGUCGAGUUCUACGCACCUUGGUGCGGCCACUGCAAACAGCUCGCGCCCAUCUACGACAAGCUGGGCGAGCAUUUCGAGAAGGACGAUGACGUCAUCAUCGCCAAGAUCUGAUCACAUUGCUGAAUGGACGCCACGGUCAACGAACUCGAGCACACCAAGAUCACGUCGUUCCCCACCAUCAAACUGUACACUAAGGACAAUCAGGUGCGCGAGUACAAGGGUGAGAGGACGCUGGCCGGCCUCACCAAGUUCGUGGAGACUGACGGAGAAGCCGCCGAGGCCACACCUAGCGUGAGCGAAUUCGAAGAGGAGGAGGAGGCCCCAGCGAGGGACGAGUUAUAAGCUCAUCAACCCUUAUGACACUUCCAUAGCAUAGGCCUGUAUAGAUUAUAAUUUACUUUUAUACUUAAUCUACACUAUAAUGUUUGCAUUUCAUUCGCUAGACUGUUAUUUCUAAAACGUUGAGGUUGUACCAACUAUGUUAAGUCUUUGAUUUUCAAGUUAAUACUCUGUCUUUUUUCAUCAUUUCUCGUCAAUUUAUUUAUUCGGUAAACGCAUAAUUUAUUUGACGGACGGACAACAGCAUUACUUAGUUUGUGUACAAUGUAUUUAUAAUUUCUGUAUCAUAAUGGGAUAUCCUUACAUUCCUUAGUACAAGUUGUGUUACAUCGAACAAUGUUGUUGUAAGUUAAUUAAAUAAAAGUGAAUAUUAUAUUUUCAUCACAAACAGAUUCUAUUUAAGACUAAACCAAUGCGGUGUCAUUGAUAUAUUUUUAUUUAAAUUUCGUAGAAUUUUAAGAAUUUAUUUCAAUGUGUUAAAAACUGUAACUGAUUUGUAUGAAAAUUUAUCUCAGUCCAUAUUUUUUUAUAAAUGUCAAUGUGUAAAUAUUGAUUGAAUUGCCAAACCUGCGUUGUGUAUCUAUUGUGGAUGCAGAAAUUGAUAAAUAA